GAGACAGAGAGCAUGAGAGGGAGGAGGGUCAGAGGGAGAAGCAGACUCCCCGCCGAGCAGGGAGCCCGAUGCGGGACUCGAUCCCGGGACUCCAGGAUCAUGACCUGAGCCGAAGGCAGACGCUUAACAACUGAGCCACCCAGGCGCCCCACAUGGUCUUACUUCUUAAAAUUGCACGAGCUUAAUGUGGGUCUGAAAGUAUGCGUCGGUGGUCUCAAGCCCUGGGCUCCCCAGGCACCUCCAACGGCUAGAUCUGGUGCCUCAUGUCAGGGAGCCCCCCACCCCCACCCAGAGGGUCUGGGCCAUGCUUCUGGAGACCCCCGCUCCGGCCUGCGAGCUCUCGAAAGGGGGCACGGUCCGGGCCUGCCAGCCGUCUAACCAGCCUGCUCUCUUUCCCUCCGCAGGGCAAUCAGGACGCCACGGCUCCGCCUGAAGCGAUGGCCCAGCCCUACCCCCCUGCCCAGUACCCCCCUCCGCCACAGAACGGCAUCCCCGCCGAGUACGCACCACCCCCUCCGCAUCCCACGCAGGACUACUCGGGCCAGACCCCGGUCCCCCCAGAGCACGGCCUGACCCUGUACACACCAGCACAGACCCACCCCGAGCAGCCGGGCACCGAGGCCAGCACACAGCCCAUCGCCGGUGCCCAGACAGUGCCGCAGACAGACGAAGCGGCACAGACGGACAGCCAGCCACUGCACCCCUCCGACCCCACAGAGAAGCAGCAGCCCAAGCGGCUACACGUCUCCAACAUCCCCUUCCGGUUCAGGGACCCCGACCUGCGGCAAAUGUUCGGGCAAUUCGGAAAAGUUUUAGACGUGGAGAUCAUUUUUAACGAGCGGGGCUCCAAGGGUUUUGGGUUUGUAACUUUUGAAACUAGCUCAGAUGCUGACCGAGCCCGGGAGAAGCUGAAUGGGACGAUCGUAGAGGGACGGAAAAUUGAGGUCAAUAAUGCCACGGCCCGUGUCAUGACCAACAAGAAGACUGCGAACCCCUACACUAACGGCUGGAAGCUAAAUCCCGUGGUAGGCGCAGUCUACGGGCCUGAAUUCUAUGCAGUGACGGGGUUCCCCUACCCCACCACGGGCACAGCCGUUGCCUACAGGGGCGCGCACCUACGGGGUCGGGGCCGGGCCGUGUAUAAUACGUUUCGGGCUGCGCCGCCCCCGCCCCCCAUCCCAACUUACGGAGCGGUCGUGUAUCAGGAUGGCUUUUAUGGUGCUGAGAUUUAUGGGGGCUACGCAGCCUACAGAUACGCUCAGCCUGCGGCAGCCGCGGCAGCCUACAGCGACAGUUACGGCAGAGUCUAUGCAGCCGCUGACCCCUACCACCACACCAUCGGCCCCGCGGCGACCUACAGCAUCGGAACCAUGUGAAAGCUUCCACCGUUUCCUUCUUGGACCAUGAAGGGCAAAAACAAAAAACAAAAAAACAAAAAAAAAAAUCACAAAACAAAAAAAACAAAAAAAGAUGUUAAGAUCCAAGCAACAACAAAAAACAAAACAACCAAACCAAGAAGCAUCCAGCACGUCCAGGUCGCGCGCGGUGCCGCACUCCACUGCGAGGGAGCACGUCCACGGGGCGCCGAGCCCAGGAGAGCCCCGGGCCCUCGCCCCUCCCCGGCCACCGUGCUGGCCGAAGUGCCCCUCCCGAGGCCGGCGGGGAGCGCAGGAGGGGAAGGGGCCUCUUCUCUACCAAGUCUUCCUUUCCAGCCCCCCACUCCCGGGGCGCGCGGGGCCCAGCGGAGGAACAGGCCGCAGGCCUGAGUGGGGAGAACAGCCAGCAGGACUUGACCUUUGCUGCCAACUGUGCCAGUGGAGGGGACAGCUGGGCUGGGGUGGGUGUGGGGGGGGCAGCUCUUCAUUCCCGGGGUCUCUGGCUUCGGCCCGUGCCCGUCACCCUCGUGUCCGGCUGUCUGGGCCCCAGCUCCCCCUCGUGCCAUGCCGCCAACACCAUGUUCUGCAAGCCUGGGGAGGGAGUUUGCAGGCCUCCAGAGUCCGUCCGACCCGCAGCCCUGGGGUCUGACCCCAACAUCAAGGGCUGAUGCACUUCCAGAACUGUGGGGCGCCCAGGCCCCCCUUGCUCCACGUGAGGGGGCUCCUGGGCAGCCUGGCCAGGAUCACACCGUGAACCUAAGAGCUAGCAUCAGCAGGGUGGAGGCCUUGGGGCUGAGGAUGCGCUCUGGCCCCGGCCAGCCUGUUUCCUGUUCCCUGGCUGGAGGCAGGCCUGGGCCUGGUCAGUGGGAGGGAAGGCCGACCUCCUGCCACCUGCGGGGCCGGGCCCUCCCCAUCCCUGUCCUGCAGAGGGCUGGGCAGGCCAGCGCCUGGCUGCACGGCGAGGUCAGAAGUCACGGUGCCACGGGGCUGGACGGCCAGGCCCGAGCAGGGAGAGCGAGCGGGGGGAAAGGCCUGGAGCGGCGCCCAGGACCCGAGUCAGGUCCCGCCGGGGUGGUGGGAGAGCAGAGGUAGGCAGCAGGGAGGAGCCCCCCGCCAGGCAGGGAUCGCUGGAGUAGGGCAAGCAGCAAAAAAUAAGACAUAGGCUCCCAACACGGCUCCACUGUCUCAUGAAAUUUAAAAAGUAAAAAAAAAAAAAAAAAAAAAAAAAUACACCUCACUUUAUAUAUUCAGCAUCAGCUCCUGAAGCUCCUGAAAUGAGCCCCUUUUCUAUUCCUGUUGUACAGCGCCCCGCCCGCCGGCCCCUCCUGUCCAGAGCCCCCUGCUGCUCCAGACCCUUUUCUUGCGGCAGCUCCGCCCCCGGCCCCGCCCUCCCAGCCCCCCCCAGGACUGCAGCCAAGCCCCAGGCUUCCUUUCUUACCAUUCUGUAUGCUUCCAAGGUGUGCCCAUUCAAAUCAACAGUAUUAUUAUUAAGAUUAUUAAUAAAGAUUUCUUUCUUCAAGCCAGGACAACUCUUUUUGCUUUGGCAGCCCCCGGGGCCCUGAGGGCGGAGGGCGGAGGGCGGGCCCGGGCCCCGCAGCCUGUCCCAGGACCCAGCCGGCCUUCCGCGGGGUGCCCCGUGGGGAGUCCGAAGACCCUUCUGGGCAAGAGAAGCCAGAGCCCCAGCCCUGCAGACUCCUUUCCCCAGCCUGACCCAGAACAAGCCGCCUCGCCCUGCCCGCGGGGCGCCAAGGCUUGUGGAGUUCACCAGCGGCUUCCAGGGUGCACGGCCGCCCUGGCCCCCUCCCAGCUGAGCGGCCGCCCAGCAGCUGUGGCCUGCCGCGUGCAGGCAGAGAGGGGACAGGGCUGGGGGUGUCCCAGAGGGGGCCCCCAGACCCCAGCCACACCCGGGCACUGCCCCGUGAUGUGGGUCGGGCGGAGCCCUGGCCCCUUGCGGGGGUGGGGGCACUGCUUCAAAGUAAGCCCACGGGCGCGGG